AAAUGUUCUGUGAUCGAAAGUUUGUCGCGGAUACACACUAUUCAGAUGGCUGAGCGGCGUUAUGUAAGGACGUCUUUCCCUCGAUCUCCCGCCGUAUCGUUGGAACUGAUAUAGGCUACAGGGAAAAGGAAAUCUAACUUACCAUCUGAUAUGGGAGCCUUAUGACAUUCCUCAGAGGCGUGUCUCUUUACAAAUAGUUAUCGCUUCCACAAAGCAGCUAUAAACUUGCCAUUCACCAUGACGCGGAUGUUCAAGAGAUGGAUUUCUCUACUCGUUUGUAUGUUUCUGCCCACCAUGAUGUUUUCCUUUUUAUACCACAGAAAUGAAAUAUUGCAGAAGAAAAUUGCCAACUCUAUUCAACUAGAUCAGCGGUUGUUCCCUAAAUCAUUACCAGCCGAUGAGACUUCCGGUUCUAUCUUGCAACGUCUUGUGUUCCCAACACCAUACUACCGUGUGGAGAGAGAUCUUGAUGAGCAGAUGUGGUUGCCGAUGUCGAUGUCGGGGAUGGCAUCGAGGGAAGUCAUACGAAGUACAUUGACAACGAAGAAAAUGAUCACCACAAGAACAGCAAUAGAAGUACACUCGUCGCGAGAGACGAAGGAAACUCUUGGAACAGCCGAGAGGAACGUUAUUAUCGCUACAGGAAAUGAUGUGAGUGGAGCAGAAAAACCAUCGAAAGACAUAAAGAAGCGACCGAGUAAGCGCUCUCGAAGAACGAACAAAAGAUCACCUGUACACCCUCAAGAAUUACCUCAACAAGUUAGGGAAGUUAAACCUAUUACAUCAGUUGGAGUUGCGGGAAAAUUUAAUGAUAAACAAAUGAUCCCGACUCCUGCACCGGUCGCCAGGGUCCCUUCUUUUCAAAACAACAUAGAAGAAUUUGCCGAAGUAUCCGAAAAGCUUGAUGGUUUGACCAUUGCAUCACAUGUCGAAUCCGUUGAUCCGGUAUCAAGAACUGCAACUGCGGCACCUGUCAAAAUGAUACGCCAAAAAGUUGAGGAAGUUAAACCUAUCAAAUCAGUUGGAGUAGCGGGAAAAGUUGAUGAUAAACAAAUAAUCCCGACUUCGGCACCGGUCACCAGGGUCCCUUCUUUUCAAAACAACAUAGAAGAAUUUGUCAAAGUAUCCGAAAAGCUUGAUGGUUUGGCCAUUGCAUCACAUGUCGAAUCGGUUGAUCCGGUACCAAGAACUGUAACUGCGGCACCUGUCAAAAUGAUACGUCAACCAGUUGGGGAAGUUAAACCUUUUAAAUCAGUUGGAGUAGCGGGAAAAUUUGAUGAUAAACAAAUAAUCCCGACUUCGGCACCGGUCACCAGGGUCCCUUCUUUUCAAAACAACAUAGAAGAAUUUGCCAAAGUAUCCGAAAAGCUUGAUGGUUUGGCCAUCGCAUCACAUGUCGAAUCCGUUGAUCCGUUACCAAGUACUGCAGCUGCGGCACCUGUCAAAAUGAUACGCCAAAAAGUUGAGGAAGUUAAACCUAUCAAAUCAGUUGGAGUUGCGGGAAAAGUUGAUGAUAAACAAAUAAUCCCGACUCCUGCACCGGUCACCAGGGUCCCUUCUUUUCAAAACAACAUAGAAGAAUUUGCCAAAGUAUCCGAAAAGCUUGAUGGUUUGGCCAUCGCAUCACAUGUCGAAUCCGUUGAUCCGUUACCAAGUACUGCAGCUGCGGCACCUGUCAAAAUGAUACGCCAAAAAGUUGAGGAAGUUAAACCUAUCAAAUCAGUUGGAGUUGCGGGAAAAGUUGAUGAUAAACAAAUAAUCCCGACUCCUGCACCGGUCACCAGGGUCCCUUCUUUUCAAAACAACAUAGAAGAAUUUGCCAAAGUAUCCGAAAAGCUUGAUGGUUUGGCCAUUGCAUCACAUGUCGAAUCCGUUGAUCCGGGAUCAAGAACUGCAGUUGCGGCACCUGCCAAAAUUGUUCUUCGGUUAACCGCUGAGACAAAAAACAUUACCGAAUUAACCGAAAUUGCGAAUGAUAAUCUUGAUAUGAAAUCGGUGAAUGAGACGAGCUUCGGUGAAUCCAUACAGGCAUCCAAUCUAGAAAAACCGUCAGAGCAGAAUAGUCCAUCUGCGUUGUCUGCUCCAACCAAACGAAAGUCAAAGAAAAAACAAGAGAAAUCAAAGAAAACAAAUGAUAAAAUCGAUGUUCAAGUUAUGAAUAUAGAACAAAAGUUUGAUGAAAUGAAAUUAGAUACUAAGGAAAAAGUUAUGAAUAUGACUGACAAAAAGGAUGAGGUAGUUCGAACAAUGGAGGAACAACAAGAAAAUAAUGUACCUGUGAAACCGCCAUCCAGGAAAGAAGAUACGAAGAGAAAACGAGAUCGUAAAUCAAGGACUAGGCAUAAAUCUCAUCCAAAGGAGGAAGAAGUGAACGUACCGGUCACUUUAUCUCUUAAUUUCAACUUAAAUGAUUCCAAAUCACACUCACCUGUGAUCCUUGUAUCCACUAACAAAGCUUUCUUGAACUUCACCGACAACUGGUUGGAGAGUGUGAAGCGUUCUGGUAUCCGAUCUGGAGUGACCCUGGUAGCAGAGGAUCGUGAAGCGUUCAACUACCUGAACAACAGAACUGAUAUCGAGCUCAACGUUGUCCUCAAUGACGUAUCCGAAUCACCGGGUGAACGUCUUCUCUUCGACUCACCCGCCUACAAGCAGCUAGUCAACAAGCGACCGAGCUACAUCCUACAGCUUCUGUCCAGCGGACACGAUGUCCUGUUCUCCGAUGUUGACAUCGUGUGGCUCAAGAAUCCUCUGCCGUACUUCACAAACGACACCAACGACAUCUGGCUGCAGGAGGACCUUCACGAACCCACUGUGUACUGCGCAGGAUUCACUUUCUACCGCUCAUCACCUGCAACCAUAGCUCUGGUGACAGAGUGGGUGCAGACUCUGGCCUUACAUCCCACCUACCCCGACCAAAGAGUCCUAAAUGGACUCCUCAAGAAGAAACGAUGGGCAGGAGAUUACAUCAAAAGAGCUGUCAUGGAUUCGCGCUUGUUCCCGAGUGGGCGUCUGUAUUUUGAUCCGGAUUGGCGUGAAGCUAAUAAGGACACUGAACAGGUGAUGGUUCACAAUAACUGGAUCAAAGGACAUGAUCGCAAGGUGGAACGCUUCAGGAACGAAGGGUUAUGGUACUUAGAUGAUAAGGAAACAGGACAAAGCUAUCAAUGAACCACGAUAUGAAUGCAUUCUGCUAUUGAACACGCAUAUUUUGAACAUCCACCGAAGGAUUUUACUUUCUAAGGCAUAUUUUAAAAGACAAAAGCGAUGUCAUAAUGGUUGCUGAUGAUCUUUGGCAAUAUCAAUGCGGACUUUGUCAAGCUUUUCUCCUGAAAUCACCUAAGUUAAAAUAAAAUAUUGCAAGACCCUGUACAUAAUCAUAUCGUUCAUGGUUUACAUAUUUUGAUUUCAAAUUCAUUUAUUUUAUAGGUCAAUAGAUUCCAUACGGAAAUUAAUAAAUUGACAACAGAAUUGUUCAUUGGAUGACUUGAGUACAGGGUGAUAUUUUUACGGUUA